GCGGGAGACGACGAAGAGAAUACAGCUUGUCGACCGUGGCUGAUCGGCGAGGUGGGGUAGGUCGGGAGAAGUAGAGCUUCAAGAGGGCCAGACGGGUGGGUAGAGUCAGCGCAGGUAGACGUGGACGGCAGUCGCGAUACAACCCCGUCCCCAUUGUUGAGAGUCGAUAGGUAUCAGAGCGCACAGCUUGAUUGGAGCUCACAGGGGGCAGGCAGCUAGGCAGGGGACAGACCGGAUCGACAGAGGAGUGCAGAGAGGGCGGGAGACACAACAGAGGACGGGGUACGAUUUGCAGUUCCAUAGCGGGGGAACGAGAGGGCGGGAGAGAAAGGGCGGGCGUUUGGCGCCAGUGUACGGUCGUACACUUGCGUUCGUAUGCAAUUUGUACAGUUAGUAGUCAUACACUUUCGUCGGUCUGAGGGGCGGGACUGGAGGUGGCGGUCUAUUUCGCUUCCCGCUACCGACUCUCACAGGCAACAGGUAGGCGCACUGUCUAGUACCGAAUCGCGAACUUAUCACGCUGUUCAUACUCCAUCUUCCGCACUCCCUCUUCCCUGUUCUCUUCCGUGUUUGCAUCGGUUGUGUAGCUGCCACCAUUGUUUUCCUGCUUCUGUUACCCUCCUCCUCGUUUAUCUCUCAAACGUCCUCCCUCACGUGUGCGGUCGUUGUGUGUCUGUGCUCGACCGGAGAGCUAUCAAGUGCAAGCGCGUUUAACAAUAGGCGUGUAAUUUCCUAGGGUGCGGAGGCCAUGUUGUUGCGCGGUGUCAAGCGCGGGUAUCAGUAGAGCUCACCCUUCGCCAGAUCCUCCUCCUAUCGCAGGCGAAGGUCUGUCAUCUGCAGACUGUGGAGUGCUGGUUGCCGAAUCUUGUUCUGAACGGUGAGAAAUCGCUGCGGCUGCUGCUCCAAUCUAAUCGCUGGUGGCAGGUGAAGCAGAUAGGUGGAAACAGAUGUAUGAUGCGCUGUGGCGCGGGAAGGAGACUAUACGUGUAAGAGGUUAGGGGACAAGCGGUAGACGACUAUAUACAGUAGGAAUUGCCGAGCUGCUUAAAGCAGGACCUACUGAGCGAGGAAAGGGGUCAUUCACCAAACUACAGCAAUGCGUUUCUUGGAGGAUAUCACACCCUUCAUCUCUCUUCCGAAAGUCGGGAUGAUGAGAAAUGAUAAUCUUACAGGCCCCAUGGGAGCAGACUCCUGGGCGCACUGGUGGACCGAGGUCGAUGAGAGUCAGACGUGGCAACAUCGCAUAUUUGAAACGUUGGCGUCGCUCUACUGCAUCAUCGGCAUCGUCGCUCUGGUUCAAUUGAUCCGCAUUCAAUGGCGGGUACCCGAGUACGGCUGGACGACGCAGAAGGUGUUCCACUUGCUCAACUUCGUCGUAAAUACAUUGAGAGCUCUGGUAUUCAUCUUCCGGGAUUCGGUUCAAUCGCUAUCGAUAAGGGUCCUCGGUUCGGUUCUGUUGGAUCUUCCUGGGGUUUUGUUCUUCACAACGUACACGCUUCUUGUGCUAUUUUGGGCAGAGAUUUAUCACCAGGCUAGAAGCUUGUCAACGGAGUACCUGAGACCGAUCUUCUUGGGCAUUAACAUUUUCGUCUACGCUGUGCAGAGUGGAAUCUGGGUGUAUAUGUAUGCUCAUCCCGGCGCCCAUGAAUCUGCUGACUUCUGGGCGAAAGUAUUCUUUGCAGUCAUCUCCUUCGUUGCCGCACUUGGAUUCGUCAUCUACGGUGGCCGUCUCUUUUACAUGCUGAGAAGGUUCCCCAUUGAGUCAAAGGGAAGGAGAAAGAAGCUCAGCGAGGUCGGCUUUGUGACACUCAUCUGCUUCAUUUGCUUCACGUUCCGCGGGAUUGUGGUUUCGGUAUCUGCAUUCGACAAGUCGGCCGACUUGGACGUGCUUGAUCAUCCUAUCUUGAAUUUCAUCUAUUACAUGAUAUCAGAAGUUAUUCCAUCGGCCCUCGUACUCUACAUCUUGAGGAAGCUGCCACCGAGAAGAAUGACUGGGCAGUACCACGCCAUCCGAUAAGGGUACUCACUUUCAUCAGUCACCAUGUCGUUUUGUGUGGGCGUGCAUGUGUGUGUGUGUGUGUGUGAGAGAGAGAGAGAGAGAGAGAGAGCAUAAUAAGUCUCUAUAAAACGGUUUGCAGAUUCGCACUGUUCAGCUGACUCUUUUGUUGGUCAACCCUUUUGAGUCCAGGAUAGUGUGGACUCAUGGGGAACAUAGACGGAUAAGAUAGGUAGAUAGGUAGGAGUGGAUAGAUAGGGAAGGUAGCUGAGAAUGUCAGGUGACUGACGUAGCUUAGCAUUUGAUUUGUCUAAAACUGUGAGGGAGUGUCUUAACAUUGGGCAGGAGUUAGCGGUGCUGGUCGAUGAGCCAUGACAGGAAGGAGAAUACUAGUGGAGGAUGCAGAGAUCGUACUGGUUGUGAGUAGAGGAGGGGAGUACCGGGAGAUGCAUAUGCAGUUUUAUGAAGGGCACACAGCAGUGGCAGCUAUCUUCUUCCUAUGGUUCCUUGUUGACAUGGUGGGAUUGCAGCGAAGAUGCAGCAUAAGCCAUGCAAGUCGAGCGUGGUAGACUGCAUAGAAUUGCUGACUCGAUGAUUGUGUUCGGUGAGUUGUUUUGUUAGAGGUGCCCUUACAGUGAUAUUGUAAUUAUGGUAUAUAUAUAUACGGGGUUUUUGAUCACUUAGUUUGAAGGGAAGGGCAAAAAGGACCCAAGGGGCCUGAUUGUGGGAGAGUAGGAAGAAGUGUGCUACGGGCUGGAGGUCAGACAGAAGCAUGGAUAGACAUGUUUUUUAGCAUGUUAUCUUUAUUGUAGUGCUAAGACGCUGUAGUACUGCACGUACAAAAGGAGCGAGGAGUGCGGAGAGGAGUAUCAUGAUUGCCGCAAUUAUUGGGAAUGGGUGCUUUGGAAGAGGCCGAAGCCAAUAAUGGAGUCAAGUGUGGGCGUUCUGCUGUGACAGCUGGGAGGAUCAAGAUUCCAAAGUAGAGGCGAAGACUAAACACUCCAGAGGUGGGCACAAAUUUGGGAGGAGCUUUGGUAUAUAUGACAGGAUUGUGAAGCAACAAAACAGUGGCUCUGUGGUACAAACUGGUAUUUUACAAGUUUAUGAAGGCAGGUUUGCCAAACGGUACCCUAACGGUCGUUUGCCUUCUCCCGUUCUGUUUUUUUAAAUCCCUUUGUACCGUUUAUCCCACUUUGUGGUACUUCGGUCGUUGAGGGUGUGUGUGUGUGUGUGUGUGUGUGUGUCUCUGUGUGUGUGAGAGAGAGAGAGAGAGAGAGAGAGAGAGAGAGAGAGAGAGAGAGAGAGAGGAUUGAUUUGUUGAUUGAAGGAUUGGUUGGCAGCAGGAUGCAAAUGAGGGGGGCAAUGCGGCCCUCCACUUGAUUGGUCUGGGGUGGUUACUUGGAAGACGUGCUCAAAGAGAGGAUGGAUGGUUACUUGAUUUAGGUUGGGGCUUUCACGGAGAGUGCGUGAUGUGUCGAAAGCAAUUUAUUAUGAAGGUUGAAUCCGUCGUCUUGUUAAAGUCGAAGAUCGUACUCGGCAUAGGUGGUCUGCCAUGUGUGGCACACACUGGUUGUCAGUGUGUCAGGACUGAAGCAUUGCAUCCGGUCACGUUGUUGACAAAUGAACGAGAGGAUGGAUGGAUGGAUGGGAGGGCGGACGGAUAAAUAAUAUCUGGAUUGAGGGUCACUGCUGGGAAGGCUCAGGGAAGGGAAUAGGGAGGGGAGAGCGUUACCAGAGGAUUUGUAAGACAAGAGUUCAUGCCCUGAAGGGUAGUCACAGUUCGUGCUCUCGAGGGAGACGGAUUCAUGCUCUCGAGGAUGACAGUUGAUGCUCUCGAGGGAGACUUCUUUCAGAUGUGACUUGUUUACGCACUUGGUGCUUUGCCCCCAUCUCAUUACUCUGGAGGUUUUCCUUUGGGUGUAUUUCUCUGAGUUAUCCUCAUUGUCUGGGUCCUCGACAGGCGGCUUGUGAAGGCGAGGAAGUGAAUCGUACCUAUUAUUUUCUAUUUGAACUGUUUGUGUUUUUGCAUCCUCUUUUUUUUUUAAUUUGUUUCGAGUUCUCUCAUGGACUUUCUGCUGUGCUGGUGUUAAAACGUUCGUCUGCUAAUCAUGCUUUCGAUAGGGCAAUGACUACUUGGAAGCCUGAACUAUGCUCUUAUUGAAGAGCUCAAUCUCGAGCUGAGUUAUGUUCGGUCGGAGUCAUGUGUGCUGAGUCUGAAAACUGUAUUAACAGGUGCUGGACGGGCAAGAGUGUGUGUGUGUGUGUGUGUGUGUGUGUGUGUGUGUGUGUGUGUGCACGGGCAAUCACCAGAUUCACCACACGCAAGGUAUUAACAGGUGUAGGACGUGCUAGGCGACAUUUGAAAAUAUCCAGUGGAUUCAUGAGUGGGAUACGAAAUUUAAUUCAUAUAUGACCGCAAAUUCAUGAACUGUAAAUUAGCUCUGUAACUACCGAUGCUGUGGAAGACGGGGGUAUUCUAAUUUAGUUGGGCAUGUUGUCCCUCUUAAAUUGUCAAUUCCCCCCAUCGUCCCUGCGGGUGUGCUCGUCUUUUGUGAAUGAAUGGCAUGCUUUGAU